AUUUAUUGUAAUUUAUUUAUAGAUUUGGGCAUGGGACCAUCUUCAUGUCGGCCGACCUACUAGCGUUGGAGCUAUUGCCGACAUGGCUGAUUGCCCUUUGGGUUGCCGGUGGACGAAUGCCGGCGGUUUACGUUUUGGGGCCAAUGUCAGGACGACCGAUAUAGAGUUCUAUAGAGAUGAGCUAGAUCAGCAGCGAGAGACACAUAUUACAUGGCGGCCGUACACAGAUGCUGUAUUAGAGGUGCUACCAGCAUUCUGUGUACAGGGCAGUGAGGUAUGGCGAUCGCGGACCACGCUGAUUUGUUUUCAUAUCGUCGAGCUUCACGUGCCCGAUCGAGUCCUUCGACAGUUUGGGGCGGCCAGAUGA